AUGGCAUCUAUAUCAUCUUCUGGCACUGAUUUAAUCAGCAUUACAGUUCAAAUAUCUUCGAAGGGAAGUGAUGCGACAGUAGAUUUAAACAAUAUUCCGUCAUCGAUGACAAUUGGUGAGUUAAAAACAAAAUUGAAUGUACGACCAAACUCACGCUUUGGACGUUUAAAUCAGUUUGAAAAUUGGGAUAAUCAACGUCCACUGUCUGACUAUUUUGUCAAGAAUGGUGAAUCAUUCGAUUGUGUCAUACAAUCUGUCAUAGAAGAUGAACAGCGGUCUUCCGAUGAUUAUGAUGAAUGGUUAUUAGCUAACCAACGAUCAGUAUUAAAUAAAAUAAAUGAUGGUUCAAUUGAAGAUGAUAAAUUAAACAAAAUGGAAAAAAUUGUUGAUCAUAUGUUAGCAGUGAUUGAUUUUUAUAAUAAUCAGCAAACAUUAUCAUCAUCGUCACCAUCGCCACCAAUUAUUCGACAACACGAACAAGAAAAAGAACAAGAACAAAUAAAUAAUACAUUAUCCAAUGAUGAUCAUCGAGAAACUAAUGAAACGUUAAAUAAUACAGUUAUUGAUGGUUUCGAAGUUUAUGAUCAAGAUAAUAAUCGACCAGUUUCAUCGAAAGUUCAACGUCAUCAAAUUCCUAUUUUAUUUAUAAUUAAGAAUUUUUUACGAACCUAA